CAGGGAUCUCUUGCAAAUUAAAACCGAACAUUUCUUCCUUAGCACUGCCAUUUUACUGUACGUUGGAAAGAGCCAAACUGCCAAAGAAAAACUGGAAAUGUCGGGGACACACGUGGAUAUGUCGCAUACCAUACUUUUUAUUCAGGCAAGCACGCGUCGUGAGUCACGCACCUUUUGCGAUUACGAAACCGUCGAGAAGUGCUUGGAGGGUAUAUGCAAGGUCUAUGAAGAGCAUCUCAAGCUCUACAAUCCGAAUAAUCCAACAAUUACGUACGAUAUUCGCCAGCUAUUCGAGUUCAUUGAUCAGGUGCCGGACAUCGGAUGCAUGGUGCUUGAUCCAUCGACCAAAUCCUAUGCUCCGCAUAACAAAGAAUGGAUAAAGGAGAAGAUGUACGACCUGCUGCGUCAUGUUGCUGCAAGGACAUAGGUAGACGGACAAGAAGAGGACGGCUAAGAAGAUAAGCCCAAAACUUUCAUUGCAAAAAGGAAGACGACAUGCGAGCUGUAAAAAAUAAAACCAAAACCUAAGAGCAACAAUAAAAGACAAAUAAUAAUAAACACAA